UUUGUUUGCGAGCCCAGCAGUUGCAGUUCCCAAGGAUUUUUUCCCCAUAAUCAAAUUCUUUUUUCGCGUAUAUAUUUCUUUUUAAUCUCAGCACGUGCGCGAGCAAAUGUUUUCCCCAAUUUACUAUUACAAUCACUACUAAGUUGCUCAUCCACUUAGUUUUAAGAUGCACAAGAAGAAACUACAGUACGAAGGCACCUGACUCAGCGGUACAAAAUGUACUACGCUUAAAGAACAACUCGUCAGCGUCGUCGAUGUGAUAGACGAAAAGUAGAAGGAGAACCGCAGAUGAGGAGCAGCACUGAAAGGCAGUCGGAGUUGUGCAAGACGUAGCAGCUCCUCUACAACAUUCUCCAUUCCGACCUCCGAGAUGACGAUGACAAAAGAAGUUGUACCAAUUGAAAAUCGUGUCAAAAUGUUGACUCCUCUGGGUUAGGAAAGUUUCUUACAUCCUGACUCGUGGAACAAGGAUAAGCACGAAAGUCAUGUAGUUGAUGAAGUGACGGCAAAAAAAAAAAACGCACCCCAACAUGACAAGUUUUCGUCCCGCUCUCAUUCUCGGUUACUUACUCAUUGUCAUUCCACUUUCGGGAAAAGAAGGGUGGAUCUCCCCUGCAACAUAGUCUUGAUAUAUCCACGGCUUACUUAUUUCAGUACUGCGGAAUUAUGUGCGUCUUCGCUAGAUGAUAUGACUCUGCAGGAGCCAUGCCUUACACAAAACACGAGUUCCGGGCGGAUUCGAUUAUUCCACGCCCAGAUGGAUCGACGAUGUUUGCAAUGCAUAGGCCACUGACGAAAUGCACGAGACGGAGACGAGAUUGCAUCACAGGGACGAGGUUGCCCUACUGGAAGUGUUCGUUGUAAAGGACGACGAAACUGCAGAUGACGAGCGGCUGUGGGAGCUGCAAAGAGCGCAAAAUGAAGACAGCGAAGCCGAAAUAACAGCACCACUACUCACAGGGUUGUACUACAACUCUCGCCUGUCCACCGCGGAGUUCUUGUCGGAGAAAGAUGAAGUAGACGUAGACCGGCCCGAGUUAAUGAAUUUAAACACAAGAACUACUUCUACGACACCGGACGAAGCAGACCAGAGUCUCGGUGCCAGCACAGCUGAAACAAGAUCUCCUUCCAGAUCACUCGAGGAUCCUGCACGUCCACGUGCAGCAGUAGAUGAUGACAAACCACCCACCUCCCUCUAUGCAUCGUGCUGCCCUCGACGAUUUUUCCCUUGUUUCCGAGCGAACCGGGCCUCACCUUCACGCCAAUCGAAGCCGCAGCGAGGCGCACCAUUGCGCAGUCGCAAUUUCCUGGAGAAAAGGGUGGAAAUGACGAACAGAGAACAAGGAAAAUCGAGCAGCAGUGCCACGACCAAAAGUCGAAUUGUAGCAAAGCACCACUCCUUCACCUUCUCCCAGAUCAUCGGCGUGUCGCGUUUGUUACUCGUGGUUGCCACUGUCGUCAUUCUCUGCUCGCUCGCAUUUCUUCUGCUAGGAGGCGGUCGUGGUGUUCUGUUCCGCUUGGGGUUUUGCAACGGUGGUGUCGAACAGGAAAUAAGGUUCGGUGGUGGCUUCAGCGAAACUGUGUGUCAUAUUCAGUGCAAAUGUGUCUGGAUCUGAACAAAGAAUGCGAGUGAACCUGUGUUGCGCAAUUACUAUUUUUCGAGGGAAGCGAGAAUCUGCGAUGCAUGGAGCGAGUGAGCACCUCCCGAUGACAACGCCGUUUGUCAUUUAUAUAUGCCAUCUCUCAUGCGAGCUGCUCGCUGUAUACAGCCCUUCUUCCAAAUAAGGUCAAAGUUUCGCGUCCCUCGCUGGGUAAUAUUGUAUUGAUGACGUCCACCGCUUCUCACGGAGACGCAGCUAGCAUAUAGUCAGAACUUUCGCGCAGACCCAGACUACAUGUUUGCACUUGAUAAUGAAUUUAUCUCAACACCUACACCUACUUCAUCUCCGCACGGGGUUCGAGUCGGCGACGACAAAUACCGCAGCCGCCGUAGCCGCAUCAGCCAACCCUGUCGGGGUGGAUGCAGUGUCGAGUCUGGAUUGCGCGGACGGUCAUGAUUGUAUAGGGCACGACAUGUUGUUUCAGCGCGAGGAAAAUAGUAUCCUGUGUAAAAGUUGUGUUAGUGUCGUACUCGUACUUGUAGUUGCAGCAGCAUGAAGAUUGCAUGGACAAGCUACUUGUUCCUAUGAGUAUGAUGGCAAAAUAAAAUGCAGCAUUAUGCGAUUUUUAUUUUCUUUUUGUUCUGCCGAAAAUUUGCUUAUAAUAUCAAAUAGAUACGAUUACGAUACAUAGUUUUGCAUUGCAUAAAUGGAUUUCCAGGAGAAACGGAACAAGCGUCCUCGGCGCCCGGUGCAAGGUCGUCUGGUCCAAUGAAAACAUUUGCGCCGGCCGAGGAGCAGUCGGGGGGAACAAGGGAUGAAAGCAGAAGUGCCCUCCGAGAAGCGGAAGGUCUAGACCGCAAGCAAAGACAAGACCACGAGUACUACAACGCACACGAUGGCAAUCCGCUGCAAGAGCAAGCCUUUCUACAGCAUAGCAAGCACGCGUCGCAGCACAGCAGCAGCAAGAAACGCAAUCAUAGCCCCAUGGAUAAGUAUGUCCUCGCUAGACUUCUCGAGCAAUAUGGGUCGGAAGAUAGUACAACUCCAGAAGGGCAGCAGAAGUUCAAAGAUUAUCAGGGGUCCAUCGAGAUCCUCGCGAACAUGAAACUUAGGGAACUGAAUCGGCAAAUGCAGCGGGUUGUAUGCUGCAUGUCAACUGCUGAAAAUACUCUCCAGGGCUAUUUCCCCGAGUUGUUCACCUUUCUCCGGCAAAAGGACACGGAGCGGAUUUUUCUCUGGGCAAGCGUGGUCCACGAUGACGCGAUCAAUCGAGGACUGUCGCCGGAAACGUUGAUGUCGCAGCUCCAAAGCGAAUUGUUGAAGCAAGAACAUGAAAAUUUUAGUCUCCUUUUCAUUGGCGUGGGUCGGCAGAUCGUGGAAGCCAUCAAGGUCGAGGUUGAAGGCGGCCAUCAAGGUCAAAACAAGCGGAAUCUUGAUAACAAUCACAGUUCUAUCACUUCGACCCUCCAGAAUGACGACAUCGGACGGCCUUUUGUGAAUGAAGUCCUCGGUAACUGGCUAAGUCCCGAUCACAAUUGCAAAAUAUCCGGACAAGUAGAAACAGGAAAACCACCAGCAACAUGCCCGGUGCCGUUGUCUGCCCCCGGUCCGCAAGUGCUUGCGCUGUUUGCUGUGGUCGAGGGUGUAAUUGAACGUCUGAUCAGGGAUCAUGAUGAUGAAGAGACGCUCAAGAGACUACAUGCGGACCUGGGGCUUCCAGCCGAGAUGUACGAAAAAGUAGAUAUAUCAGUGGACGUGAUGUUCCAAGGGAUUACCCAAGUUUUCAAGACCGAGGACAUCACAGACUAUGAAAACGGAAACCCCCACUGCUGAAACGGUCUCGGUAGUUCAUUUCUAAAUGUAUGUACGGACUUCCACGUCGACUUUCGCAUCCACUCAGGUAAAGUUCAUUUUUGCAAAUAUCUACGCUCUCCUCGCAUUGAAGAUUGUUGUAAAGUGAAGUAAGGGUGUCGUCCUCCGACUGUUAGUCUAGCUAUCAGUUGAACCGCUCCGAUAGUGGUAGGGGUUUUCCUUUGUAUACAGGCGGGUCCAGCACGCCAAACAAGGAGAAUCAAGAGGAGCCGAGGCCGCGUCGAAAGAAGAUGUCGCAGCUGGCACGUGCUGCUUUAGAGCAGUUCAAAGCGGAAGCGAAUAACGGAAAUACGGAGAAAGACCUUGACAAGCUCCAGCUCUGCAAUCAGCAACUCAGGGAAUUUUUAAGCAAAGUCAGCAUGAACGAUGCUGCCAAAGAAGAACCGCAACCAAAUCCACUGCAACACGAGGCGGGUGGCAGCACCACAAAAACCGCUCCUGAAGGUGGCGAAGCUGCCCAUACCGGGGCACAACUCGCCAGUGGGGCGGUACGGCAACCAGAACAAGCAAGCAGUCGUCGGGUGCCGCCGGCGCCAGAACGUAAUCGCCGCACGGUACCCGACCUGCGUGGUCUGGGGGGUCCAUCACCCCCUCCUAAGGCGUCACCAGUUCAUCCUACAGUGUCAGUAGCCGCUGCUGCGCCUGCGGCAUCUUCAGAAAUCGCACCCCGAGCAGCACACCCGGUAGGAGCACCCUUAGCAGGAGGCGAUGAAACAGGGAGGACACCGACACGGACAGUCGCUUCACCACAGGUGCCCGGAGAGGCCGGUAAAGUCAGCUCGGGCGGUUUACCAACAAGAACAACACCAGUAGCGGCAGCUGCAACGACGCGCGCGGUCGCAACACCGGGCGGGGCAGGGGGGGCAGGAGGUACAGCCGCGCCCGCGGCCAGAACGCUGGGACCAGGAGGGGCAGCGCCCGCGGCGUUAAGACCGGGUGGAGCAGUUGGCGCCGGCGCGGGUACUAGUAGUCAGUCGCAGCUGCAGUCGGCAUCUGUUGUUGAUCCGGCCACCGCUGCGCGUCAAAAAAAUCUGCCCAGCGCCUCGGCUCAACAAAGGCAGCCACAAAAACACACGGACUCCAAGUGCUGCUAAUUAAUUCGCCCACGACCUUGAAAAUAACAAUACGAGCAGCUGUGGUCUAUUUCAAUAACGUUAUGUGCAAAUUUACUGCAGCGCUUUUCUACAACUUCCCAAUCAGCUGUAGAUGAAGGCAUGGAAAAUUACCGCUCCGUAGUGAUCAUCUUUAUCAAACGACUCACUGAAAGCGCUGCUGUUGAAGGAAGGGCACACUCCAGAGGAAAACUGACCUCGGACAACGCACUGCAGGGCCGGUGGGGCUCUGAGAUAGUACAGUCUAAGUCAACAUGAAGCAAAAGCACGAGCAGGGCAUACAAGCUCAACCGACUGAGACUGUACUUUCCUGAUAGGCAUGUAUAUUUUUUUUUAAUUUACAAGUUUACAUUCGAUUGCCUAACAUCAUUUUUUCUUUUCUAUUUUCCAGUUCGCAUUGAUUGCUUUCCAAACAAACUUAUUUCAGUGCACAGCCACCGACUCAGCUUGAGAUACGUAUCGUUUUUCUCCCCUUUUUUAUCGACCUUUUUCUGAAGAGUGCAGAUAAUUUUGAUUGUGAGUUGAUGAGGCACCAAGUAAGGACCGAUCACAACAAGGAGUGCCGCAGCGCGAGGCAGGCGUGAAGGUCAUAUAUAAAAACCAGAGUUCGAGUUGCCAUGAAGAUUGAGAGAAAGAGUUUUGUUUCACAGUGAAGAAUAAAGAUUCUGCUUCUGGUACUUAGAAGAAGAAGCAAG